AUAGUAAGAAACAAUUUCUCAUACUCAGCGGAACGAGGAGAGGAAUACUGUUACUCCAAGCGAUAUUUGGAUUAUACUUUUGGCAGCACACUUCGACUGGAUUUUAACAUUUCUUCCUCUUCCGGAGACUUGUGGAUUACUAUUAUUCGAAGCAAAAUGACCCUGGAAGAAGUCGUUGGAUGCAAUAUUACUGAUAAAAAAAUGGACUCCGUGAGCCAAGCAUUGGAAGAGCUGCUGGUAGCAGCACAGAGACAGGACUGUCUCACUGUCGGCGUUUAUGAGUCUGCGAAACUGAUGAAUGUAGACCCAGAUUGUGUCGUACUGUGCGUUCUGGCCACCGAUGAAGAGGACCAGGACGAUAUUGCGCUGCAGAUUCACUUCACGCUCCUUCAGGCGUUCUGCUGCGACAACGACAUCAACAUCCUGCGGGUGUCUGGGCUGAGACGCCUCGCGCAGGUGCUCGGGGAGCCACCCACCGUGGACAACAGCGAGCCGAGGGACUUCCACUGCAUCAUAGUCACUAACCCUCAAUGCCAGCCGCUCAAAUGCCAGGCACUGAAGGACGUGGGCAACUACUGUGAAGAGAGCCGUUGCAAAAACCAAUGGAUUCCCUGUCUGUCCCUGCAAGAACGCUGAACGAGAUGCGAGGCUAUUGAUGCAAUGAAGGAUGAAAGCGUCAUUCUCUGCGAAUGAAAGCGAAAGGGCUCGGCACCAGCCGCCGUUGACUGCUGCGUCAUGUGAAGGAGCUGUGUGAGAGAGAAAGUGGAGCUCUUGAAACUGUGCGCACGGAUCGGCACAUUGCGCCUGGCCCCUCCAGCUUGUCAUGUCCUCCGUGGUGGGGGAAAAAAAAGAGUUCGUUUUGGGUACCGGAGGAACAAGUUGUGAGAACAUGAACUGUGAAGCGCUGCCUGUCGGCGCAAGCUGCCGGAGAACUUGCACGCGGGCGGAUGGGCGCGCGCUCGCCCCGGCUUCAUAUGUGCAGUGUGGGUUGGAAAGCGAUGAGUGUGCGUCACGAUCACUGACUGCGGGACCAACAUUUCGAAAUGUGGAGUGAAUAAUCUGUAUAUAUACCGGACUUUAGUAACUAUGAGGUGCAGUAGCACUGAUGCCAAGCUACAAACGGACUGCAGUCGCUUCUGUUAAACUGUACUAAG